UUGCACCAAUGUUACAAAGGGAUCUUACUGACCCAAUGUGGCAAAAGGAGCCUGGUGUACCAUUUUUGCUUCAAAGAGAGCAAGGUUUAAUAAAUUCUGGCAGAGGUGAUAUGGAAAAAACCUCUGUCAGAAAUAAAAAUGCUGGACUGAUUCGGCAGUUCCAGUAUAUUUUGGAUGAUUUGGAAGCUAAAUUGAAUAAAUUUAAAAAUAAGGAAGUCACGAUUGACAUUCUUAAAGAAAAAUUUAAAUUAGCCGAAAAUCAAUUUAUUAAAUAUAUGGGCGAAUUUCCAGAUGACGAAUUGACUGACAUUUUCUACAAUUUACGUGACGAAUACCAAAAUAUCCCGGGCAUAGAAAGCUAUGCCAAAACAUUACCAUUCCAGCUGCCCACUAUAGACAUACCAACUUUUAGUGGAAAAGCUACGGAAUGGGAAACAUUUAGAGAGUUGUUUGAGCAGCUGAUAAUAGAUCAGCCUGUGUCAAAUACUCAAAAAAUGUGUAUGUUAAAAUCGAAGUUGUCAGGAGAAGCGGCAAAAAAGAUUUCAAAGUUGCCAUCAAAGGAUGAGAACUUUGAAGUAGCCUGGAGUAUUCUAAAUGAAUACUACUCCGACAAAAGGGCAAUAACAUCAAUAUACUUUAAGAGUAUACUUGAAGCCCCUUUCGUAACAUAUAACGUAAAAAGCGUUAAUAUGUUUUUAACAAAAAUAAAUGAGAGUUUGCAGGCAUUAGAAGCCAUGAAACUGAACCCAGAAGAAAUGCAAAAGGCAUUUCUUUGUUUCGUGCUUCAGCGAAAAUUGGAUGAUUACUUAAGAAUCCAAUUUGAACAACAUUUGGGAAAAUCAAAAGAACUUCCAAAAGUGGAUAGUCUAGUUGAUUUUCUAAAACAAAUUCAAUAUUCUUUGGAGGCAAGCCAAGAUUUCACAAAGGGUGAAAGAAAGAUGGUAAAUCCUCUAGGAGUAAAUCAAUGGUCUUGGGAGGCAAACCAAAAUGUGGUGAAUCCUUCCCGACAAAACAUGCAAACUCAGAGGGCAAGUCAAAAGACAAAUCCUCCAACGAAUUCAUUUAAAAUAAAAUGUCCACUGAAUUGUGCAGUUGGACAUAAUUUAAAUAAAUGUUCCAAAUUUAGGAACUUAUCUAUAAAUGAAAAAUGGGAUAAGGUACGGGACGGUAAAGUGUGUUUCAGAUGUCUCGGUGUUGGACACUCAAAUAAAAUGUGUAAAAGUAAUUUUAUUUGUGGAAGCUGCAAUGGUGAUCAUCAUACUCUUCUUCAUAGGGAAAAGAUCCCUGCGAAGACAGUAAUAGUAAACGGUGAUGAAGACGACGAAGCAGUGUUGUCAACAGCAGUAGUGGAAGUCAAGGAUGGAAAUGGCCAUUGGAAAAAAUGUCGCGUUUUAUUAGACGGUGGGGCACAAGUCAACAUUAUUUCGAAAGAAUUUAGAAAUAAGUUGAAUAUAAAAGGUUGCAAAUAAACAAAG